AUGUACCACUCCGUACACAAACUAGUCUUUUUCAGCCUUGCAGGGGUCACUGCUGGGUUGCCCAAAGGCUGGCUCCAGCCAGAAUGGGUUCAUUUUGACAGCGACGGCAUUUCUUUGGCCGCUCACCUCUACGUUGCCCCGGCAAAUGUUUCCAUCUACAACACGUCUCAGCCACGCCCAGCUAUUGUGGUUGGACACCCACAUGGCGGUGUCAAAGAACAAACCGCGGGCCAGUACGCGCGGGAGAUCGCGGAGCGCAGUGGAAUCAUCACUCUUGCCUUCGACGCCGCCUACCAGGGCGAGAGUGGUGGCAUGCCCCGCUACCUCGAAGAUCCGUACCAGCGCGCCAACGAUGUCCGCAAUGCUGUCACGUAUCUUUCCACGCUCGGAGAUCUCGUCAACCCCGAGCGCAUUGGCGUGCUGGGGGUAUGCGCUUCGGGCGGCUACGUCCCAUUUGCAGCGCAGACGGACAAGCGCAUGAAGGCCGUCGCGACCGUCAGCGGCAUCGAUCUCGGCACCCUGUACUCGGAGGGCUUCAACGCCACCGAAGGCUCGUUGCUCCCCAAUCUAGCCGAUCAGCUCCUGGAAGCCGGAAGACAGCGCGACAACGAGGCCCGUGGCGCACCGCCGAACCUCACCCGUAUCUUCCCUCUGACCGAGGCCGACGUGACACCCGACUUGCCCGUCUUCUAUCAGGAGAGCCACGACUACUACCAAACUCCCCGCGGCCACUGGCCCACGGCGCCGAACUGGCAUCUUUGGCGUAGUUUGGAUGAAAUUGCCACGUACCGAUCCUACCAGUGGAUGCAACUCAUCUCGCCCCGCCCUUUGCUCAUGAUUGCGGGGAGCGAUGCCGACACUCUCUAUUUCAGCCAGCGUGCCAUAGAGCGAGCCGGCGAUCCCAAGGAGCUAUUCAUCAUCCCGGGAAUGACUCACAUUGAUCUGUACGAUCACACCAACCAGAGCACUCCCAAGCUCGUUGAGUUUUUCACCACCAACCUUUAA